CAACUCAGGCCUCACUCACUGACAGAGAACCACAGAGAGAGAUGAUGGCUCUGAAGUGAAGCCCUUCAACUUCUGUGGAAAUGGAACUUUGAUGAGGAAAGGAAACAAAAGCAACGUCCAAUCAUGACGUGGAGGAGUCCUCUGGCCCUGGUGAGGGAUGCUCUGCAAGGUCAGAGAGCACGGGAGCGGGAACUCCGCAGCUUGGUGUCCAAUCUGCUGUACGAGGGACUGGAGAAGGCGAAGCAACCCAAUCGCUUCUUCCUUUCUAACGCCAUCAAAACCACAAAGUACUCGCUGCUGCUAUUCCUUCCCAUGAACCUUUAUGAGCAGUUUCACCGUUUUGCGAACCUCUACUUUGUGGGCAUAGCCAUCCUGAACUUCAUCCCCGUGGUGAACGCGUUCCAGCCUGAGGUGGCCCUGAUCCCCAUCUGUGUCAUCUUGUUGCUGACAGCCCUGAAGGAUGGCUGGGAAGACUUUAGGAGGUACCAGUCGGACAGGAAGGUCAACAACACUCCAUGUUUUAUCUAUAGCAGGAGGGAGAAGCAAUAUGUGGAGAGAAGCUGGAAGGAUGUGCGAGUGGGAGAUUUUGUGCGGGUAGUUUCCAAUGAGAUCGUCCCAGCAGACCUGCUCCUCCUCUAUUCAUCCAACCCUAAUGGCGUUUGCCACAUAGAGACGGCCAACCUGGAUGGGGAAACCAACCUGAAGCAGAGGACAGUUGUUUCUGGACUUUGGGCAGCGAGUCUUGGAUUUGAACCAGAGAGCUUCAAUUCGGUUGUGGUGUGUGAAAGGCCCAACAACAAUCUGAAUCAUUUCAAGUGUUUUGUAGAGAAACCUGAUAAAGACAAGGUGGGCGCCAGCAUUGAGAGUUUGCUGCUGCGAGGCUGCACAGUGAGAAACACAAAUCAUGCUGUUGGCUUUGUGGUGUAUGCAGGCCAUGAAACCAAGUCCAUGCUCAACAGCAAUGGGUCGAGAUACAAGCGAAGCAAACUGGAGCGGAAGCUAAAUGCAGACGUCUUCUUCUGCCUCCUUCUCCUCUUCACCAUGUGCCUCAUCGGAGCCUUUGGUCACUACCUGUGGCUGGAGUCACUGCCAGGUGUGCCCUCUUUCCUGGUUCCUGACAGCAACGGCCACCUGGAUGUUCCCAGUCUUGAGAGUUUCUACAUGUUCAUCACCAUGAUCAUCCUUCUUCAGAUCCUGAUUCCCAUUUCUCUCUACGUGUCUGUUGAAUUGGUAAAAGUGGGUCAGAUCUUUUUCAUUACUAAUGACAUCGAUCUGUACGAUGAGGAGACGGACAGUCGGGUCCAGUGUAGGGCUCUGAACAUCACGGAGGACCUCGGACAGAUUGAAUACAUCUUCUCAGACAAGACGGGCACCCUCACUGAGAACAAGAUGGUGUUCCGACGAUGCUCCGUCAUGGGAACUGAGUAUCCACACAAAGAAAACGCCAUCCGCCUUGAUGUCAUGGAUGAGCCUGAGUCUGAGGAGGAGGUUAUCUUCAACCAGCAUCAACAACUCCCACGAACCAGGUGGUCUUUGGAAUCUGAGGGCAUCAGCCCGGCAGACACACAACAGCAUGGCAGAAGGCGCAAAAGCAAGGUGGCAGCGAAUGCACACAGCGAUGUGGCGUUCAGCAGUCCACUGGAAACUGAGGUGAUUCCAGACCAGAAGCUGCUUCAGCAGAUUAGCAGAGCAGAGAGCAGCGGUGGCCGCAGAGACGGCAACAGAAAUUUUGAUCCUCACCUGGACUUCUUCCUGGCUCUUGCCAUUUGCAACACCGUUGUUGUUUCAAUGGAAAAUGCUCACAGACAGAGGGUGUGCACGUCUCCACACUCCAGCCAGACGAACAACCCUCUGGAAACCUUUUCGAAUUUGGUGAAAAAAGCCGGGGCUUUCUUCCAGCGGAACAAGUGGAACCGUACUCGCUCAGAAGAUCCAGUCAUAGACCCUGCAAAAACGGAGAACGAAGCAGACGCAAACGAACUCCAGACUUGUUCUCUCCAUCCUCCGUCUCAAAAUGGCAGCACUAUAGGAGAGGCAGAGGAACUGUGCUAUGAGGCGGAGAGCCCCGAUGAGGCCGCCUUGGUGUACGCAGCCAGAGCAUAUGGCUUCAUCCUGCUGGCACGGACCCCUGACAGUGUGACUGUGAGGCUCCCAUCUGGGGAGGACCUGGUGUUUGAGGUGCUGGACACCUUGACCUUUGACUCCAACAGAAAGAGGAUGUCUGUUUUGGUGAGACACCCAGUCACCAAAGACUAUGUGCUGUACACUAAAGGUGCAGACUACUCCAUUAUGGAGCUACUUGGAACACCUUAUGCAGAAAACGUCAGUGGUAUUGAGAAAAAUAUAGCAGCUGACACUCAAUACCACCUUGACUGCUAUGCAAAGGACGGCCUCCGCACCCUCUGCAUUACAAAAAAAGUUGUGAGUGAGAGCACGUAUCAAAGCUGGUUAGGUGAGAGAAAAAGGGCGCAGGCUGCUAUGGAGUGCAGAGAGGAGCUCAUCAUGAGAACCGCUGUGCAGCUGGAGACAAACCUCACCCUGCUAGGGGCGACUGGCAUUGAGGACCGUCUGCAGGAGAACGUCCCAGACAGCAUUGUGGCUCUGCGGGAGGCAGGGAUCCAUGUGUGGGUGCUGACAGGUGACAAGCCAGAGACGGCUGUCAACAUCGGCUAUGCCUGCAGGCUACUGGAGGAGGAAGACCUGGUGAUUAACAUGAGCUGCAAAAACAAGGUUACGUGCACUUCCAACCUGGACUGCACUCUGGAGGAGGUGAGGAGGUACGGAGACGACCUUCGCAACGUUGGCACCACCCAGAACAUUUCUCUGGUGAUUGAUGGAAACACUCUAGAUAUUGCUAUGUCGCCUGACCUGCAGCAGCGGUUCAUAGAACUGACGAAACACUGCCGCUCGGUUCUCUGCUGCAGAGUAACGCCCCUGCAAAAGAGCGCAGUGGUGAAACUGGUCAGGGACAAGCUCAAAGUCAUGACACUAGCUGUAGGUGACGGUGCAAAUGAUGUCAACAUGAUCCAAGCAGCUGACAUUGGCAUUGGGAUAUCCGGUCAGGAGGGCAUGCAGGCGGUCAUGGCGAGCGACUUUGCCAUAUCACGCUUCAAGCACCUGAAAAAGCUUAUCCUCGUCCAUGGACACUGGUGCUACACUCGGCUGGCCAACAUGAUCAUUUAUUUCUUCUAUAAGAAUGUGGCCUAUGUGAACUUGCUGUUCUGGUAUCAGUUCUUCUGUGGAUUCACUGCCACAACAAUGUUCGACUACUGGCAGAUGAUCUUCUUCAACCUGUUCUUCACCUCUACUCCACCCAUCAUGUUUGGCAUCUUUGACAAAGAUGUUUCAGUAGAGGUGCUGCAAGGGGUUCCUGAACUGUACAGGACUGGUCAGGGAAAAGGGGAAUACAAUUUUUUAACUUUCUGGAUUUCCAUAUUGGAUGCCUUCUAUCAAAGUCUGGUCUGCUUCUUCAUUCCAUAUUUGGCUUACCAGGAUUCAGACGUUGAUCUUUUCACCUUUGGAAUGCCACUCAACACAGCUGCUUUAUUUGCUAUCCUGCUGCAUCUUGCCAUCGAAAUCAAAUCAUGGACGUUGGUCCAUUGGGCUAUCAUGCUGGGCAGUGUGGCGCUGUACUUCGUUGUGACGCUGGCCUACACCGCCGGCUGUGUUACCUGUAAUCCUCCAUCCAAUCCUUACUGGAUCCUCCAGAGCCAGAUGGCCGACCCCAUGUUCUACCUUAUCGUCACCCUCUGCACCGUGGUGGCUCUGCUGCCCAGGUACACGUUUCAUGUGCUGAAGAACUCUGUCGCCCCCUCCCCGCUCCUGCAAGGCAGGCAGCUGGACCGGAUGGACCCUUCUACGAGGGACCAGUGGAUCGAGGAGUGGAGGGGCUUCAGGGGUGGAGCACCGGCCAAACGCUAUGAGCUUCCUGACCCACCCUCUCCUACCCUGGAGACCCCUGUGGACUUCUUCCCCGACUUUCUCCCUGACUCUGAUUUCAUGGGGGAUGAUCUUAGCCUGAACGUCAUCGCGGAGAGCCGUCAGAGGGCUGUGCACACGUGAGAAACGGAGGCAACUGGAUGGGAGGCGAGAAAUGCUGCGAUGAUAAUUUAUUCAGGAAACUGUAAAUAUCUUAACUGGCACAUGUGUGACUCCCUGACUGUAGUUAAUUUUGCAAUAAACUGCUUAAUUAAAGCAUGCACAGACCUGU